UAAUCCACCUGGAGUAUGUUCAAUAGAGAGGUUGUCUGGGACACCCUGGGGAACAAACAGUUCUGCUCGUACAAGAUAAAGACAAAGACCCAAAGCUUUUGCCGGAACGAGUACAACCUGACAGGGCUCUGCAAUCGUUCGUCCUGCCCCCUGGCCAACAGCCAGUACGCCACCAUCAGAGAGGAGAAAGGUGAGGCUUCGGCAGGGCUUGGCACGCUUCCGCUCCAAAGCUUUUCGCCCUCCCUCUCUCGCCAGGUGCGACUGAGCAAGAACUAUGAGAAGGCUUUGGAGGAGAUCGACGAGAACCUCAUCUACUGGCCACGCUUCCUCCGGCACAAAUGCAAGCAGCGCUUCACCAAGAUCACGCAGUACCUGAUCCGCAUUCGGAAGCUGACCCUCAAGCGCCAGAGGAAGCUCGUUCCUUUAAGCAAAAAGGUUGAAAGGCGAGAGAAAAGGAGGGAGGAAAAAGCCCUGAUCGCGGCGCAGCUGGACAACGCCAUAGAGAAGGAGCUGCUGGAGAGACUAAAGCAGGAAACGUACGGCGAUAUCUACAACUUCCCCAUUCAUGCCUUCGACAAGGCUCUGGAGCAGCAGGAAGCAGAGAGCGAAGCAGAGUCGGACGCGGAGGAGAAGGAAGAGGAGGAAGAGGAGGACGCUAACAAGAGGGAGUUUGUAGAGGUGGACGAGAGCGACCUCAGUGAUUUCGAGGACAUGGAUAAGCUGGGGACAAGCAGCGAGGAGGAGCGGGAUGACCAGUCCUCCAGCGAGGAAGAGGAAAGCGAGAUGGCGGAGCGAGCUCAUCCCUCGAAAUCCAAGGGCAAAACGCCCGUGAAGGGACCAGCCAGGAGGAAACGAGCCUACGUUGAAAUCGAGUAUGAGCAGGAAACAGAACCUGCAGCCAAAUUCAAAGGAACCUGACUCCUUCCACGGAGGGCAUGAACUUGAGCUGUGUGCUGGACAGCGGGGCGGGAGAGGCGGGGGAGCGCCUGACAGACUCUAGCAGGGCCACUGACAAA